UAUUUUCAAAAACAGACCGGAUGUGAAUGUCUGCUUGACAACCACUGACAGUUGUUGCUACCGUCUCGGUUGCAGUGAACUCCUCUGGUGCUGCUUUCUGCGUUGAAAAACAACCUUGCAGUUGCCAAAACUGUCUGAAAAUGCUGUCGUACAUCAUUGGAUUGAUCCGAGGAGGCCUUGACAGCAUCAUCAACCUGAUCUUCAGGCUCCUCUUCUCCAAGAAGAGACAAGCUCUCACCUUAGAGGACCCCAACAUCAAGUAUGCACUGCGAAUGCUGGACAAACAGAUUGUCAGCCAUGACACGAGGAAGUUCCGCUUUGCCCUGCCUUCCCCUGAACACAUCCUCGGCCUCCCCGUCGGGCAGCACAUCUAUUUGUCUGCAAGAAUAGACGGGAAGCUGGUCGUUCGUCCAUAUACGCCAGUGUCCAGUGAUGAUGACAAAGGCUUUGUGGACUUGGUGGUGAAGAUCUACUUUAAAGAUGUUAAUCCUAAAUUCCCCGAGGGUGGGAAGAUGAGUCAGUACUUGGAGAGCCUCAGGAUCAAUGACACUAUCGACUUCAGAGGACCCAGUGGUCUUCUCGUUUACAAAGGCAAAGGUGUUUUUGAGAUUCAAGCAGAUAAAAAGUCCCCGGCUGAGACCAAGACAGCCAAACAUGUGGGCAUGAUCGCUGGAGGGACAGGAAUCACUCCCAUGUUGCAGCUCAUCACAGAUGUGAUGAAGGAUCCACAGGACCAGACAGUGUGUUACCUGCUGUUCGCCAACCAGACUGAGAAAGACAUCCUGUUGCGACCGGAGUUGGAAGAGAUCCAGGUCAACCACCCGGACCGGUUCAAGCUAUGGUUCACCCUGGACAGAGCACCUGAAGACUGGGAGUACAGCCAAGGCUUCAUCAGUGAAGACAUGGUGAGGGAACACCUGCCGCCUCCCAGUGACGACAGUCUCAUCCUGAUGUGUGGACCGCCACCUAUGAUCCAGUUCGCCUGCAACCCCAAUCUGGACAAAGUCGGCCACUCCAUCAGCCGCAGGUUUACCUUCUAGACGUCCAUCCGCAUCAAGAAAAAGAGGUUUGAGCAUAUAAUGGCGUUCAGUUAUUAUAUUCCCCACCUGGAGAGCAUUAAAGCACCCGUACAGUUGCAGUGGGUAUUGCACUAUAUAUACUAUAUUUAUGCCGUGAUAAUUCAUCAUGCAACAGAAUCACAGCGCGGACCAAUUCAUGUAAUCAGUAAGUGUCGCAGAAGGGGAGGGGAAAUAUUUGAUUGAAUGAGUAUGUAGCGGAGAUCGAAGUGUUGACUGUUGGCUUGGAAAUGAGGAUGUGAUUAGAAAUCUGUUGCAAAUAAUAUCAGAAGAGUUCAGGUUUACUGGCUGUUUUGUGCUGCUGAGUGCCUUAACACUUGCAAAGCUUUUUUAUGCAUAGUUUGUGAGUCGCGACCACUUGCUUCAUUUAUACAGAAUUGUAUUGUUAUUCCUUUAUUGCUGUUGCGAUUGUGUUAUACCUGCCCUCUAUCUGUCGUCACGUCAAAGAUGUCAAUAUUUUGCUAAAAUGCGAUACGGUUACUGAUGUGGCUACUUGUUUGGAUAUGCAACAUAAAAAAUCAAUUGCUAUAAAAUGUUUUGAUGCUAACAUAGAAAUCCUCAUUUACAAGCGUUUGAUCAUAACAGUUGUAGCAUCUCCCUGAGCCGUUUAAGGAAGAUGCACCUAAAAAUGAAGACAAGGAAAAAUGCAUUUUCUCUUUUUUAUUACCAAAAAUUUAAAAACAAAGACUUUGGUUUCCAUGUUGUAAUGCUUUUUCCUAAACGGAAGAGUUUGACAUUUGGAGAAAAAACGCUUUCAUGCCAAGAGUUAGAGCAGAGGAUCAAUACCACUCCUUAAAAGGUGCUAAAUGCGAGAUUGGGAGCAUUUCUACUGCCUCUGCACAGCUCUAAACUCAAGUAGUGCUCAGGUAGACAUUACUCCUCUUUAUUUUUACUGCUAUAUUAAUGCUCUGGAUAUCAUAGAGAUAACCUUUAAGUAUGAGUUCAUAAAGAAUAGAAGCAGAGGGAAAAGCU